CUCGAGUUGCCUUCCAUAAUCACUUUACCUUUAAAAAAAAAGUUUAUAUAUUCAUAAUUUUAAUUUUGUAAUUUGUAAUAAUUGUCCCAGUUUUAUUCAAAAUGAAUUUAUGCAGUAUAGGUAAUUUGAGUAAAUAUAUUUGGAAAUCCCAGGAUGUACCAGGGUUUGGGUUUCAACAGUUAAGAAAUAAAUGGGCAAAUCGCUGGAUGAUUCGGGAUGUUAAAAGACGAAGAAUGAGCGCUGAACAUUUUUUGGAAAGGACUAGAAUCAAUGCUUUACGGAAAAACAAUAUAUUACCGCAUGAGAUUCGAGAACUUGCUGAUAAAGAAAUAAAUAAAUUUGAAAUGAAUGCUAUACCACUUAGGAUCAACAAUAGAUGUGCAGUUACUUCAAGACCUCGGGGCAUUGUGAAAGAAUGGAGACUAAGCCGUAUUGUAUGGAGACACCUAGCUGAUUAUAAUAAACUGUCUGGUGUGCAAAGAGCCAUGUGGGGUUAUUAAGUUUUGAUUUAGAAAGUAAUAUAGUUUUUAAUAUUAGUUAA